CAUUAUUCCUCCCUUCCUGUUAUUCAUUGCCACUCUCAAACUUUUUUCAAUCUUCAAUUUGUUUAAUUUGUAGUAUUUUCUUUUUGAAGGAUGGCUGAACAAAUUCCUUAUGCUGUUGCUGCAAGCCUCGUUAACAGGUUGGCUUCAGCGGCCUUUCGUGAAUUUGGACGGAUUUAUGGUGUGAUGGAUGAACUGGAAAGGCUUAAAAACACAGUUGAAUCCAUCAAAGCUGUGCUCCUUGAUGCUGAAGACAAACAAGAGAAAAGUCAUGCUGUACAAAUCUGGAUAAGAAGACUCAAAGAUGAUGUACUUCAUCCUGCUGAUGACUUGCUAGAUGAAUUUGCUAUCGAAGACAUGAGACAAAAACGGGAUGAAGCUCGUAAGAACAAAGUAACACAGGUGCUUCAUUCUUUAUCUCCGAAUAGAAUUGCUUUUAGCCGUAAAAUGGCUUAUGAGGUUGAAAAGAUACAAAAGAAGUUUAAUGAUGUGGUGAAAGAUAUGUCUGUGUUGAAUCUAAACCCGAAUGUUGUGGUGGUUCAGCAAACUAAUAGUGUUAGGAGAGAAAAAAGUUCUUUUGUGUUAGAGUCAGAUAUCAUUGGAAGAGAUGAUGAUAAAAAUGACAUUGUAAGCAUGUUGAGGCAAUCACAUGAAAAUCAACGUGUCUCUGUGGUUGCUAUUGUUGGGAUUGGUGGUUUGGGAAAGACAGCUCUUUCUCAAUUGGUAUACAAUGAUGGUGAAGUAACAAAUUAUUUUGAAAAGUGUAUGUGGGUUUGUGUCUCUGAUAACUUUGAUGUCAAAACUAUUGUGAAGAACAUGUUGGAGUCAUUAACAAAGGAACCAAUUAAUGAUACAUUAUCAUUAGAAAACUUGCAAAACAUGCUUCGAGAAAAUCUAACUGGUAAAAAAUACUUGUUAGUCCUAGAUGACAUUUGGAACGAGAGUUUUGGAAAAUGGGCUCAAUUGAGGACUUAUUUGAUGUAUGGUGCUAAAGGCAGUAAGGUUGUAGUGACAACUCGUUCUAAAAUUGUUGCAGAAAGAAUGGGUGUAAGCGUCUCCUAUAAUUUGAAUGGUUUGACUCUAGAAAAAUCUUGGAGUUUGUUGACGAACAUUAUUACAUAUGGGGAUGAGACGAAAGCAGUAAACCAAACUCUUGAAACAAUUGGCAAGAAGAUUGCAGAAAAGUGCAGUGGUGUUCCACUUGCAAUCAGAACACUAGGAGGCCUAUUGCAGGGCAAAAAUGAAGAAAGAGAAUGGAUUGAUGUUUUACAAGGUGACUUUUGGAAAUUAUGUGAAGACGAAGAAAGCAUCAUGCCGGUGUUGAAACUGAGUUACCAAAACUUGUCUCCUCAACUACGGCAAUGUUUUGCCUACUGCUCUUUAUAUACUAAAGAUUGGAAAAUAGAGAAGGAUGAGUUGAUUCAACUAUGGAUGGCACAAGGUUAUCUCGAAUGUUCUGAUGAAAAGCAGCGCAUGGAAGACAUCGGUAACCAAUUUGUGACGAUUUUAUUGAUGAAGUCUUUUUUCCAAGAUGCUGAAAUUUAUCAUGGAGAUAUACGUAGUUUCAAAAUGCAUGACCUUUCAAUGAAAGUAGCCGGUAAUGAUUGUUGUUACUUGGACAGUGAGACAAAAAGACUGGUAGGAAGUCCCAUGCAUAUAAUGUUGAAAAGGGAUGCUAUUGGUUUCUUGGAGUCAUUGAGUUCAAACAAGAUGCGAACUUUGAUUUUGUUGACUGAUUUUUCAGAAAAGUUGAAUGAAAAGGAAUUAUUAGUCAUUUCAAAAUUCAAAUACUUACGCGUCUUGAAGCUUAUGCGUUGUUCUCUAAGUAAUUUGUGUGAUUCAAUUGAAAAGUUGAACCAUUUGAGAUAUCUUAACUUACAAGAGUGUGAAGUAGUCGGAAGUCUUUCGACAUCCAUAAGCAAUCUUGUUUGUUUACAAACACUAUUAUUGCACAGAUGUAAAGUUGAAUUUUCUACAAUAGAUAUCUCAAAAUUAAUUAGUUUGAGAUAUUUUGAUAUAGAAUAUUUAAAACAUCUGAACAGAAGAAGAGAACAUCUAGAUUUGGAAAAUUGGGUCUGAGAGGACAGUAUAAGAGUGUCAUUGUUUCAAAUUGGUCUUCACUCUCAAAUAUUGUUCAAAUCUCUCUCAAUUAUUGUCCAGGUUUGCAGUAUCUCCCACCAAUGGAAUGUCUCCUGUUUCUUAAGUCACUUAGUGUAUUUCAUCUUAAAGAAU